AUGCAGGGCAUUGCACAGUUCAAAGACACUGUCUAUGAAAAUGUAAGUAUGUUUGUUGAAAAUUUAAAACUGUUGGAAGUGAUUAACUGGAUGAGUUCAACGAGUACGCUCCAAUUAUCCGAAGAAUCAGGUUUCAGCAAAGUUUCCUACAAGAAGGAUUUUUUUCAGUUCUAACAUUCAAAUAACUUGUCCACAGCGUCCAAAAUAAAAAAAGUUUGGCGAAUGAAGUUACUUUUUCAAAAAUUUCAUGAUUCACAGAUUGAAACUGCGCUUUUUUAUGAUGAGAAAGGUUUCAAAAAAAAUGCGUAGAACUUCAAAGUAGUUGGUUUGAAAGUUUUAAGAGGAAAAACAUCGUUGAAAGCUCGAGAUAUAUCUCAAGUGUUCGAAAGCUCAAAGUUCAGGAAGGUUGCACAAUUUAUUCAAAAUUAUACAUGUAAAUUAGAAUAGUUUUCAUGACGCGAACAGAGUUGAAUGAAUCGAGUAUUGAAAGUUGGCUAUAUUACUUAAAUUGGUAUGAAAUAAAAUAUUCAAUUGGAAAAAUUUGCGGCGCCGUUUCGAAAAUGUUAGCUGUCACAAAAGAAGUUAUCGCACUCAAUUAUUUCGAUUAGCAGCAAACGGGUCAUUGGUUAAAUGAUCCCAAAAGCUGUUUGAAAAGAAAAAUGGGUUGCAGUACACCUUGGUUUAUGCUCUUCCUCUUUCGAACCAUGACAACUCUUCGCUCAUGCUCAUCGCCGGGUUCUACGCUCUGCUCUUCAUGUUUGGAACUUGUGGAAAUGCCGCGAUACUUGCUGUUGUUCACCAUGUAAAAAAAGCCAAGGCGCAAGGUUGUUUUUUUGUUUAUGAAAUCUCAAUGAUUUUUUUAGAAAAAAACAAGAGCUUAAGAGGCUCAAAAUGGGAAAAAAAUUGCUCAAAAUAAUGAAAUCAAAAAUAUCAAAAAAAUAUUUCUAAACUUCUCAAGGUUAUUGAAUCUUAAUGGAACCAGUAGCGGAAAAAUUUUUUUAAAUCUGAAAAAAAUGUAUAAAAAAACUUCGACAAAAAAAACCAAAAAAAUUUGACGAAAACUGAUUAAUCAAAAAAAGUUUUUGUCAUUUUUUUAUCCCUUUUCAGCUCAGAUUUAAGGACAAAAUUAUUAAAAACGCUUUGAAUGACCAAUUUAGAUCUCGUCACAACACCACACUCACCUAUAUUUGUAUUCUUUGCGUUGUCGAUUUUCUAAGCAUGUUGCCCCUUCCAAUGACAAUCAUCGACCAGGUAUCAUUGAACAAUUCAGAGCAAAAAAAAUGGAAAUUUUCUAGAUACUAGGGUUCUGGAUGUUCGACACCUUUGCUUGCAAGUUAUUCAGGUUGUUGGAGCACAUUGGAAAGAUCUUCAGGUCAGUGUGGUUUUCAUUAGAGAGAAAAAGAAAACACAUUUAGCACCUUCAUUUUGGUGGCUUUUUCGAUCGACCGGUACUGUGCUGUUUGUCAUCCACUUCAGGUUGUUCUCGAUGAAAUUUGAGAUAGUUCCGAAACAAAAAAAAAAAUCAAAGUGGGAGGUUGACGGUUCGAACUUUUUUUCAAAGUUUUUUUGGGAUGCAUUGGGAAAAACGUAGUAAUUUUAUUUUUUUCUAGAAUAAAAAUUUUUUUCGAAAAUUUUUGUUAAUUAGAAAUGAAAAAGUGAGUCCUUUUUCAUCGAACUGAAUUUCAGAUGAGAAUGCGAAAUCAAAGGACAGUGUUCAUAUUGCUCGGUGGCAUGUUCCUCGUGACCUGUGGGAUGCUCUCCCCGAUUUUAUUCUAUGCCCAUUCAAAAGUAACCUUUGCACAUCUCAAAUUUUCCAAAAAUGAACCCUUUUUCAGGAAAUAAUAAUCCACGAAAAGUUCGACUUGACUCAAAAAGUCAUAACCCGCAUGCAUCUGUACAAGUGCGUCGACGACCUGGGCAAAGGCCUUUUCGUCGUGUUCACUCUAUAUUCUUUCGUUCUGGUUUGUCAUAAGUUCAUAUGUAUUGAUACUAUUUUCAAAAAUAUUUUUGACAAAUGUCGAGAGUUAAGCCACAAUAACAGUUAAAAUGAACAUUUUUAUUAAAGGACUGAAUACUAUUUCUGCAGUCUUACUGUGACCAGAAUUCUUACCAGAACAUUAGCAAAAAAUUUCAUCAUCCAGUGAAAGAAAUAGUGGGCCUCAAAGCUAAUUCAGAAGAACUUUAUUCGAAAAGGGAACCAAAAUUGAACGUUGUAAAAAAUUUUGGAUUUUGUCUAUUUGCCCUUGAGGAUACUUUCUGGAGCGCUUUUUUUCGCAAAUUACUCAUGCUUAUUCAAGAAAAAAUUGAAAAAAUAGGUUUGUGAUAUGUUUGCAGGCUUACCUCAUGCCGUUGUUGUUCAUGAUUUACUUUUAUUAUGAAAUGCUGAUACGCCUGUUCAAGCAAGCGAAAGCAAUCAAACAAACGCUCGGUGGGAGACGUGGGAUGGAGGACAAGGUUGGAAAAUAAUUGGUUGAGAAUAAUAAUUUUUGUCUGGUUCUACAGAUUCCCGUUGGUCACAUUGCCAUCUAUACGUUAGCCAUUUGCUCCUUUCACUUUAUUUGCUGGUGAGUUUGGAGCAUCGUCCGAAGAUCAAUUUUAAUUGGGAUACAUAUGGAAUGAGAAAGCUGAAAGGAAAUUAUUCACUGAGAGUUCAGGGAACAAAAUUGACGACGUGAACAUCAAAAAAAGCAUGACAAAGUUCAAGCCAAACAGAUGAAUUUACUAAAUAUUUUUAGAGAAAAAUAAGAUUCCUAUAAGGUGACAAUUGAUAAUAAAUGCCGUCCGAAAUGAGAGCAUCAGAGUUCUUGAAAAAAGGGAUGAAAUCCACAAAAAAUCUUGCAACUAAGAUGUAAAAUUUUAGGACGCCUUACUGGAUCUCCGUUCUGUACUCCUUAUACGAAGAGUUUUAUCAACUGAGCGCCGCCAACGAAACUCCGACCUUCGCUUUCAUUUACUUCAUGUACGGCGUUCAUGCGCUCCCAUACAUCAACUCGGCUUCCAACUUCAUUCUCUACGGCUUACUCAAUCGACAGGUAAAAGCUGGGUUCGCUGAAAAAAUCCAGAACAAAAAGUCAAAGCAACCGUACACUAAUUUCUUUUCCGAAGUUUUAUUGCUGAUGAAAAAAUUGUUUUGUGACGCAUUUAAUUUUUAUCUCAAUUUUUUUGGCGAUGACUCUUCUACAUCUUAAAGUACAUUUUUUUUCGGGUUCUGCUUGGAGUUACGCAUUGCGCAAGUAGACAAAAACAACUGGUCGUUUGCUCAAACAUCAAAGACGUCUGCUUAACGAGGAAAUAAUUUCUCAAAUUAGGGUGCUUAAUGCAGAAUCUAUUGGGACACGUGGAAAACAAUUAUUUUGAAGUUUUCCUGAAAGAACAAAAAAAGGAGAUAUACAUCAUAGAGUGUCUGUUCCAAUUAUUCGUGAUUGAUGUUUUCUUGCUUCACAACCCCAAACAAUCUUGACUAUUCACUUACAAUGUCGAUAAUUUUACUAUGCGACUGAGAAUUCUCUGAGAAUUGACCAUCAAAAAAUUCACUCACUUCUCUACGCAUUUUCCUUUCAGCUGCACCAGACGCCAGAGAGGAAAUACACACGCAACGGACGUCCAUCUCAUGCGACGACCGGUCGCGGCGAGUGCAGCGAACUCAUCAACUUGCGUACGAACGGCUAAACCAAGUCGCAAGUUCCUACGACAACGAAUUCAGCGUCGACGUACCGCGGAGAAUCCUCGGCAAAGACGUCACCUCCUGAGCCUCGGACCGAUCUCCACGCCCAUCUUCUGUCCCCCGCCAAAACGGCUUCACCGAAACGAGUUCCUCCACUGGUUACAGUGGACAAUGGCGAGCAGAACUAA